AUGUUGUCAAUUAUUUUAAGUCAUAUCGCCUGUGAAACAGAUCCACAGCAGAUUAUUAGGAAUAUAGAUUCUUGCCUCCAACAAACUCCAAGAGAAAUCGAUUUUCGAAAUGCAAAAGUUUGGAUUCAUGGAGUAAAUAUUUCAUUUUAUGACCCUUCAAACAAUAAUUGGAGUGUCGAAGCAGAUUCAAGGUUUUAUUGGUAUCCAGGAUCUGGUUUCUAUGAUGUUAAUAAACAUUAUCCAAGAAAUCGAAAUCCUUAUAACUCUGAUGAUAAUAUGUGUUGGGCUGGUUCAGCAUCUAAUGCACUAUUAUGGUUCCUAAAUAUAAAUGAUGACGAAGUCCAAUAUUAUUUGAAGAAACAUCCAUAUAUUGCUGAAACACUCCCAUCAUAUAAAUUCAACCAGGUUGGAUAUGAUCCAAUAUUCGACUACUUCCAUGAAUAUUUUGAAGACCAACAAUCCUGGCCAACCAAAGGAUUUCAAUGGUUCCUUAAUGGUGUUCCAAGUGGAGGCAGAAUCAAGAGAAGAAGUAACUUAAGCUUUGAAGGAUUCUUCCAUGAUAUUUUCACAGGCAAAGAACUUUUCACAAAUACAGUCAGAAUGCCUAAGAAAGAAGUUUUCAAUGCAUUUAUUAAGGAAUCUCUUAGAAUGAACAGAGCCAUUGGCUUUGUUGCUAAUCUGAAAAACACAGGAAACCAUGCCAUGACCUUUUGGGGAUUCGAAUUUGAUGAUGAAGGAAAUGUAAAUUACGCAUAUGAAGCUGAUAACAAUGAAUACAAUGACUUUGAUAGGUCAUUUGUCAGAAGAAGAAAGAUACAGUAUUCAAAUUAUGCCGGACAAUAUGCAACACUAAUGAAUACUGGGUAUGAAUGGCCAGUCACAGAAGUUUAUGCUGUUGAUGCUCAAAAAGCUAUUUGGAAGCGAUACAUUUCAAAAGAAGAAAAUCCAAGUGCCUAUGAAGAAGAAGAAGAGAGACUUCAAAGAGAGGAAGAAGAGCGUCGUCGUAGAGAAGAAGAAGAAAGACGUCAGAGAGAAGAAGAAGAAAGACGUCAGAGAGAAGAAGCAGAUAGACGUCAGAGAGAAGAAGAAGAAAAACGUCAGAGAGAAGAAGCAGAUAGACGUCAGAGAGAAGAAGAAGAAAAACGUCAGAGAGAAGAAGAAGAAAGACGUCAGAGAGAAGAAGAAGAAAAGCGUCAGAGAGAAGAUGAUGAUGAAGAAGCAAAACGUCAGAGAGAAGAGGAAGAAAAAUGUCAGAGAGAAGAAGAAGAAAAGCGUCAGAGAAAAGAUGAUGAAGAAGCAAAACGUCAAAGAGAAGAGGAAGAAAAACGAGAAAAAGAAGAGGAGGAAAGGCAUGAAAAAGAAGAGGAAGAAAAGCAUCAAAAGGAAGAAGAUGAACGGAAAAAGGAAAUUGACGAAACUGAGAUAAAGAAGAAAAAAGAGGAAAAUAAAGAACAACAAGGAAAUGAUGAUUCGAACCGCAAUGAAGAUUUGCAAAAGGAAGCUGACGGAAAAUAUACUAAAAUCAUUGGAAUAACAUCCGGUAUAGUUGUUGCUAUUGUUGUUGCUGUAAUAAUUAUAGUUACUGUUAUCAUCAUCAAAUCAAAGAGGAAUGAGAAAGUGAAUGGAACUUCAUCAUCAGGUGAUGAUGACUGCACAUAUAUUUCCUAA